UUCGCUGACCACCCAAAACAAUUCGCGUGCGGUCCAGAAAAUUUUAAACUAGCGCUUUAACCCGGACAACAAUAACCCAAACUCACCACUGAGGACCCGUAAAAAGCUGCGCCAAUGUUAUUCAGAUUUGGCGUCAUUCUCACGCCAGAGUCCUCGGACACAGAAGUUCUAGUUUUGGGCUCGCGUGAGGAAAUGGGCCAGUGGGACCCGAACCGAGCCGUGCUAAUGAAGGCGUCGCGCGCCCUGCCGUCACCUGACGAGCCCUGUCUGUGGACCGGCGACGUGCAGCUGGCCGAGCCGUUCAGAGAUCAGUUAUGGUUCAAAUUCAUCAAAAGAGUCAGAGGAGAUUUUAUCUGGGAAGGCAGCGGACCAAGCCAUGACAGGUGUUGCUCUUAUGAUGAAAGGGAUGUGGUGGAUGGAGUUUACUGCCACCCAAUUGGUCAUUGGAUAGAGGAGACAGGUCACACAGACGAGAUGAGACACACCACCAACUUUUACUUCAAGGUGGCAGGUCAGAAGGCCAUACACUGCUCCAGGGUGCUGCCGAGGGUCUGGCUGGGCAGUUGCCCGCGACAGGUGGAGCAUGUGACCGUCAAGAUGAGGCAUGAGUUGGGCAUCACUGCGGUGAUGAACUUCCAGACUGAGCUGGAUAUUACAAACAACUCCAACGGCUGCAGGCGCGACCCCGACGAGGCCAUGACCCCGGAGACCAUGAUGCAUUUAUACCAAGACUGUGGCCUCGCCUAUGUGUGGAUGCCCACACCUGAUAUGAGCACAGAGGGUCGGAUCCGGAUGCUUCCCCAGGCUGUUUUUUUGCUGCACGGCCUCCUGGAGAAUGGUCACACGGUGUACGUUCACUGUAACGCCGGCGUCGGCAGGUCCACGGCAGCCGUGUGUGGCCUUCUCAUGUAUGUCCUCUGCUGGCCCCUGAGGAAGCUGCAGUACUUCGUCGCAGCAAGAAGGCCGGCAGUCUACAUAGAUGAGGAAGCUCUCAUCAAAGCUCAAGCAGACUUCAUGCAGAAGUUUGGCCAGCUGAGACCGUCCGUCUCUUUCUCCGAGUCAUGAUGUCUUAGUGUGCUUAUCUUGAGACAGGUGAGAGAAGGUGCAAACAACAUAAAAUGAAUGAACUUUACUUCAGAUUUAAGAUAAUGUAAGUUAAUGGCCCACUUCAUCUGAGUGGCAUUCAAAAAUGUGGUUGAUUCCCAAGUGUUGGAGAGUGCUCGGCUGGCUGCCAGAAUGGAUGUUACAAGCAAUUAAUCUUUCCAUGACGUGUUAGCUUUUAACUCUGCUAUUUACUCCAUGCAAUUCUGUAAACGUGGAUUCUAUCAUUUUCAGCAUAUGGCCACAGGCGUGUUUAGAAAGAGCUUUUAUUCGUCUGUUCGGUUGUAGUAAUCGAUAAACAGAGUUGACAUUUUGAAAAGGCAACUUUGGGCUGUUGUGCUGGACUGCAGUGAACAUGCAGAAAAACAAAUGCCCCUAUAUUUACAAAAAAGCUUGCAUUGAAAAAGGUGGGAUUUCAUCAUUUCUGGGGGAGAGAAGCAGGAAAACAUUAAGUGGAAAAUAAAUUCUGCUCCUUUUUUCACUGCUGUGUCCCCUCCAAAGUGCCCCGCUCAUCAGGACUACUCCACGGUUCUUGGUGCCUGAUGGUGUAUCGUUUCAGAUAAUGUGUUUUUUAAUUUCAGCAUGGAAAUGUACUUUUUGUUCUUUUAUUUUUGGGCGAAGAGGUUUGGAUGCCAUGUUGCUGCUCAGUAAGGGCACUUUUUGCCAAGGAUUCAAAUCCUUUCCUGAAUCUGUCAACAGGGACUCAACUCCUCUGUCAGAGGUAUUUGGCUUCCAGACAUCAAGGAAUGGAGCUGUCUCUCACAGAGACAGAUAGCAUUUAAUCCUUUCCAUAUCUGACAGAUGCCAUCUCCUAAAUAACAGAAACAUCAUCCUUCCCAGACCACUUUCAUGCAUACGCAAUAACCCAUUAAGGCAUCGAGCAUUUUCUUGGAUUAGACCUAUAUUUAGGCAGAGUCUCCUUUUGUUUCAUUUAAGAAAUGUAGUGUCUUACUGUGGAGAAAAGGAAAGUCUUGCUUGUAUCUCAUUACUCUUUGGUGAUCCCCUGCACUGCUAGUCACUUGGAAUAUCUGAGUCUGUAGAGUAGUUCACCCAUGCUAGGACUAAAGUAAAACAUUUCUGAUUUAAAUAAAUUGUUGUAUCUAUUUGUAUUUGUGGGAAAACACAGCUCAAGAACAACUAAAGAUGGUAUAAAAUGUAAGAUCUUAAUCUUAGCUAUCAGGAUCAACAAAAACUACAACCACACUGUGUCUUUUUUUAAUAUAAACUUUCUUGUGUUAUGAGCUUCACAAUCAGAGGAAGCUUGAUAGCAAUAACCCUAAGAGGGGUAGAGUGCCAAAGACAUCAUCUGAA